UGCCUUCUCAUCGGCCAUUUUGCAAGAUUCCGUGAGAAUUUGUAUUGAGUUUCGCGGAGUAUUUUAAGUGGUAAGCGUUGAAAAUAUCACUAUAAUUAGUAUUAUUAACAAAUAAGUAACUUAUAAAUGCCAAGGGUGUGUCAUAGUUUUUGUUUAUUCUUUUUGGCAAAAGUGUUGACGAAAGUGGUAAUUUCUCCGGCUUGUGACCACCCGUACGGCAAAUAGAAUUAUGGAUUCUCGGUGAUAAGGCACAUGGUUUCCGGAAUGAUUUCGGUGGCAGGCUACGUGUACAUGAAUGGGGACGUUGGCAAACUCCCUUCAGGGGCUGUGUACAGUAGCACCCCUGAGUCUUCAGUUGGUGGUACAACAACAUCAGACUACAAUAUGGUGAAUGGCAGUAUGGCUGUUUCUGCAGGAGAAAUGGUUAAUGAAGCUGGUGGUGGCGGAGGGGGUGGCAGUUAUAUUGGCAGUAAUUUAGAAGGAAUUCCACCAACUACAGUACCGGCACAAUCCGAUCAUUCAUCCAUACCUUUAGAUCAACUCAAACAAAUGCUAUCAUCGCAAUUAGAAUAUUAUUUUUCAAGAGAAAAUUUAGCUAAUGAUGCUUAUCUAUUAUCACAAAUGGACAACGAUCAGUAUGUGCCAAUUUGGACAGUUGCAAAUUUUAAUCAAGUUAAAAAAUUAACUAAGGACAUUAAUUUGAUAACGGAAGUAUUACGUGAAUCUCCUAAUGUUCAAGUUGAUGAAGAAGGUGUUAAAGUGCGACCUAAUCAUAAACGGUGCAUUGUCAUUCUUCGAGAAAUCCCUGACAAUACUCCUGUACAAGACGUUGAGAAUUUAUUUUCGGGUGAAAAUUGUCCACGUCAUAUAUCUUGUGAAUUUGCACAUAACAAUUCGUGGUAUGUUACCUUUGAAACAGAUGAUGACGCGCAACGUGCAUAUAGAUUUUUACGAGAAGAAGUUAGAGAGUUUCAAGGUAAACCAAUAAUGGCACGAAUAAAAGCAAAACCAAUGCAUCCUCGAAUUCCAUUGGCUCCUGUACCAGGAGUUAAAAAUGGGUAUAGAACUACUCCACCUCAAGCAGCUGCUUAUGAUCCUACUACAGUUUAUCAACAAAAUCCACAGCGUGUUUUCUUUGCAAAUGGUACACCAACUGCACAGUAUACGAAUCCAAUGCACAUUUAUCCUUAUUUUACAACAAGUAUGCUCUCCGCUUGGCCUGCAACUACACCUGGACCAUAUUAUGAUAUUAGUAAUGUAUAUGUAAACGGUUUAUCUCCACAAAGCUCUUUUAAGCAACCCACAUCAAGAUAUGCUCCUAGAGGUCGUAAGCAACAGCGAAAUGUAAAUACAAAUGAUGGUACAAAUCCCGUACGAACACAACAUAUUCCACCACCAGGAUCACCACAAACUCGAUCACAAGGAAAUCGGGUUUCUGUUUCCGCUACAGCUGUCCAACAACAAGAGACUGAUGUAAGCAGUUCGAAUGUAGCCGCCAAUGGUUCAAAUUCAAAUUCGGGAAGUGUAAAUCGUUCAGACAUUGAAGAAAAUUCAUCGUUAACAUAUAGAUCGCCAAAUCCUACUGCUCAGUCAAGUAAUAAAGAUGUUCCACCGCCAAGGCAUCGUCCUCGGAGAAGACGAGAUGAUGAAUUGCCAGCCAGUCCCUUACCAACAGCACCAGCUCGUGAUCAUAUAAAUAUGAGGGGAUCUCACUUUGAUUUAGAAGCAGCUGCAUUCCCACCAUUACCAGGAUUAGAAGCCGAUUCUCAAAUUCCUAAACCUCUAGUGAUACCCACGUCGGAAGUACAUGUUCAACAACCAGAAGUAUCUUCACAGUGGGGCGAAAAUAGACUUGCUGACGUUGUUAAGGGCACUGUAAAAUCAAAAACUUUUGUGAAUAAAGAAAAAGAUACAAAUGUGAAUAGUAGCUGCAUAGAGUCAUCGUCAAAUAAUACGAACACAAAUAGAACUGAAUCAACGUCAUCAAUGCCUACAGUAUCAAUAUCAUCUGUAAAUCAACAGAAUGUUAGUACUGGUGGUGGUACACAAUCAACUGCACAUAAUACAACUUCGGCGUCGUCACCAUCAUUAACUAUACAUAGUAGUAGUGUAAAUGUUACAACAACUGGUACGACAACAUCUUACGCAAGUAAAGAUGCAAGUACAAGCAGUGCUCAUAAUUUUCCAAAUACAUCGAGUGUUGUUUCGUUAACACCACCUUCUUCACCUGAUAAAUUAGUUCCUGUUCUUACCAAGUGUACUAUGGCUGAUAAAUCUACAAAAACUGACGAAUCCUUAUUAAAUGGUGAGCUUAUUGAUCAUAUACCAUGUCCUACAACAACAAAUGCAGCUACAAUGACAACAAUAGUCACUAUGGAAACAUCCUCACAACCCACACAAUCGUUGACGACAACAACCUCAACAGCAUCAUUUUGUUCGGUAUCACCACCACUUCCUACAUCGACAAAUAAUAAUGAUAGUGGAAGUACUACACAAACAAAUCAACCACCACGAAUGAGUUAUGCACAAGUGGCUCAACAUCAUAAAGAGAGACUCACACGUGAAAGAUAUAAUAGUACUGGUGAUCAACAAGCAUCGCAACAGCAACAAUCACCACAGCAGUCAACAACACAUAGUGUUCAACAAUCACAACAACAGUCCAAAGAUAAUAAAUCAUCGACAGUAUCCGCAACUCGAGUGCAAGAUACAAGAGAGCAUAGAGAACCACGAGGACAUACACGUAGAACAAAAUCACGUGCAAAUCAAGCCAAUCGUCAAAAACCACAAAACACUACUAGCCCCAGUGGUUCAAGUAGUCCAAAACAUGCUGCAAGUCCAAUCCAAUCACGUAGUCCCCAUAAUCCUGAAGGAUCCAUUGACAGUUCGGAUGUGACGCAGCAAUCACAACAACAGCAAAGGGACAACAGAUAUGGAGGCGGAAGAGCUGGUAGUAAUCGAUCAUCAUUUGAACGUCCUCAAAGUGGGCCCGGUCGCAGGCGAUCUGGUCUUGAACAACGUACACAAUUUAGAGAAUAUCUUGGGCAACGAUCGCCCAAGUAGUUUUAACUACGACUUUCUUGAAUGACUACUACAAUAAAUAAACAAAAAAUACUAAGUAUUGGACUGAUCCUAGAUUUAACCAACUUUGACUGGCAUUUUCACACACGAAACACACACGCUCACAAGUUUACGAAAAACAUACCAGCAAGCUUUAUCAUACAGUGGAUGUUUUUAAAAAAAAAUUAAUGCAUGUGACUCAAUUUGUGAUAUCAUCAAACAUGUCGGUUUAUCGUUUGUUGGUUAAGUUUUUUUUUAUUAAUUUUUUUGAAUCACCGUAUCUUGUAAGAGGGGAGUGUUGAUGCACAAUAAAUACAUAUGGAAUGCCUAUAGAAGUUAAUUUUUAUGAAAAAUAUAAAAACAUUGGUGAACAAUGUGUGGCUCACACAAAAAAAAAAAUGCCAAAACAGAUUGACUUUAUUAAUUAAAACUUGAUUAUUUUGUGCUUUAAAAAGGGUUAUGCUUAAAUAAUUAACUGUCGUCAUAAAAAAUAUAAUUAUUUUGAAAAUAUAUUAACAUUUAGAUUUAUAUUUUAAG